GGUUCUCAAAGUGAAUGCGGAUAAUAGAGAGAAGAGUGUACAAAAUGGUUGCCCGUCGAGUUUGAGAUUGAAGAGAGAGGCGUGAGAUAGUGAUUUGGAGCGAGUUAUCCAGAGCAAUGGAAAGUGUAAUUGUUUUGAUCGAAGAACUGCAGGUGUCUGGAUGGGCACCACAACAAUCUUGAAAACUCAGCAGAUUCUGAUCGUGUUUGAUGCGCAAACUUUGAGUUGAUUGUGACAGUGUAUCAGUCCUUUUACGCCCCCCUACCCGAGCUUUGUAGGUUUAUUCUACCCAAAACUUAAAUUGUACAAGGGAUGUCUGAAAUCGAAAAGGUGCUGGAUUUUGACCGCUAUUCUGCUUCUUCUCAAGAAGCAAAAGAAAGAGCUACAGCGCUCAGACGUUUUGUGUAGUGUUUCUUCUCACAUCGCGUGGGUAUGAUUAGGCAACAUGUAUUUUGCUAUAGCUCGUUUGAGUUGUAUGAGUGAGUACUUCUAUGACUAGUAUAGUUGAUAUAGAGUAAGAGCGAGUAUACAUAGAAAGAGUCUACUUGAUUAGCGUGUUCUGGGUCGUUUUUUUGAAAGGAGAAGAAAAAGAAAUAUGCAGUCUACUUCUUCAUCGAGCUCAGUAGGAUCGAUGAGGAACCUACCUCGCAAGAUGGGGCAGUGGCCGCUUGCGACACUGGCAGGGUCGUUGCUGCUUGCCCAGGUGUUUCGAGAGACCUACACACGUUUCGACGCGGCGGUGCUGAGAUUAUGGGUAGGUUUUAGGUGAUCGUGUUGCCGUUUGUUUUGAUUCUCCUAAGGAGGAAGAGGAUAACAAAGACAAACGGGGAACAGAAACACCAAGACCCCACCUCUAAUGAGAGCGCGGGAAGUAUUUCGGCCAGCAGCAGCACGAGCCGGCUCCUCAGCUGACAGGAGACGACGGAACAGACGCAGACGGCGGGGCCUUCAGCAGGUUGGAGAUGAUGACGACGCCGAUGAUGGAAUCUUCGACGAUGAAGUAUCGACUAGGACGCAUGCAACGGCGUCAGAGAUGAACAAGAAUGAUGCAGCCAGGGACAGCGUCGAUGCGACAUCUGUAGCUGCAAACACACUUCCGAUAAGGGAAGAGUAUCGAAGUGGAAGAAAUGGAUCUUCUAGUUCUAGGAAAGCACUAGGUGAAGCAGGCAGCUCUGCAUGCGCCAGUCGAGAACAGCAUGGUGGCAGCAGUAGCAGUUCUUCGUCAACAUGCGAACGAGUAAAUGGCGUAGCUGGGGAAGCUAUGACAAUACAAGACAGGACUAGAUCUUCGAGAACAAAAUCUCCAGUCGUGUCAUGGUCACGUUCUCCAAUAGAUCAUGAGAAAAUGAUUCGGGGUGGUGAUGAACAAGGAGAUCUCACGAUCGAUCUAGGGAAUUCAUUUCCUGGUGGGCUAACACUCGUUAGUGAUGAUGGUGUCCCACUACGUAUCGACACGGAGGGGCGCCGCGGUCCCUACCUUGCUGGUGGCUUACUUCCCGCAGUGGAUGCUCAAUCCACUGGUGCAGAAACGUUCGACAUUCUUAAGGCCAGUAUUUCAUCAUCGUCCAAUAGUGUGACUGAGGGACUUAGUUUCCGAGUCUGAGGACGUAAGGAAGUAGUCGUGAGGCCACCUCUUGACUUCAAGCUGAGUUUUUGAUGACGGGCAAUUCAGAGGCAACAAUAAGAUUCGCGACUCUUAUUACAACCACGGAUGAAAAUAUCAAUAUAUCAAUGAAUACCAGCCACUUCUCACUUAUCAACAACCACGGACAAAUCAAUACUCGCGAGUGCUGAGCCUGAGCAUCCUCUUCCGCAUAGGACGAUGAUGCAAUACUAUUUCUAACAUUCGGGCAAACCUAUUCACCGACGGCAACUGCUUUACCAAGACCGAGACGAGGUUUGAAAUUACAAAAGCUUUGUCUGUUUGAUGUUUCCGUUUUUAAAGAUAUAAACGAAAUACGAAUUUAUGUCUUGAACUAAUCUAUUUUUCUAAUAAAUGUGAAUUUUGAUUUUUCUCUGAUAUCACAAUUAUCCAGGAUAUUUGCAGCGUCAACAGCUGACAUAAAGACCACGACAUUUUCAGAGGUUGGUUCGCAGCAAGGGGCCACCGGCAUCGUCUGUUACGCGAACACGUACCAACGUACAUAACUGAAUUUGUGUUGACAUCUAGUAAACGAAGAAGCUACGAAAGAGUAGGGUUACAUUCCCAACUACAACAUCUACAUGUUGAAAUACUCUUAGUCAUAACAUGAUAUUAGUUUCCAAGUAACUAUGAUGUAUAUGUCCAUGAAUCGUACGCGUUGCCCGCAGCGCAUCAAUACGAACAAACAACUACAUGAGUGGCGAAGCGCUCUUAAUUUUACUUAUGACCACCAAGAAGAUGCCAGAGCCAGUGGCGUCGUCUGUUACUUACAUUAUUGAAUGUUGGCUGUUUAUGCGAAGAAGCGACGAAGGAUUACUUAGGACUAGCAUAAGGAUUUCAGCAUAAAAUAAUCUCAUCCAAGGAGGUGACAAUAUGAUCAUGCAUGAUAUGCUCUAGACUACAAAUAUCGACAUCUACCGCUCAGCAAAACUUUUCCUUUCACCACUUCUCAGAUUCGCCUCGCCCGGACCGGAGACUUCGGUGGCUUUCGAUCUAGCAGUGGUACGAUUUUUUAGCGGGCAAGUCCCGGGUUCUAACGAGAAGUUCAAGAAGACAAUCAACCUUCGCGAAUACACGGACCACUGCCGAUCUACAAGUACGACACUCUGAUGAAUACAACUAGAUAUGGAGCAACACUAUGCCAAAAGCGAGCAUAGCAAAGUGGUUUUUUCACCCAAAGAACGCACAUAAAAUUCAGGGACAAGCUGGGCAAUAUUCGUCUCAAAGUGGCGAGUUUUCAUUCUGAGACGAAUACUUCCCAACUGAUCCCUGAACUUUCUGCGCGUUUUUUGGCUAAAAAGCCACUUUUCUAUGCUCGCUUUUGGCAUAGUGUUACUCCAUAAUACUAGACUGACAUGAGUACGAUCACCUUAUAAGACAACUUUACUUACUCGAUCUCAUUCUCGUUUCCAUCAACAUGACUAGAUAUAGAGAACUCGCUUUUCCAUUUCCGGUGUUGCAACGAUUUCUUUUCGGAGAAGAUGAAUCAAAAUGGAUAAUUUUGAAAUUAUACAGUAAAAGCGCCGGUGCAGUCAUUUGCAGACGAAAGUGAGUGCGCAGACUUUCUAGGCGGACUCUAUGCGCGCUAUUCCCUCAUCCCAAGGCGCAAUAAGGGAGGUCAACAGGGCGGUAUAAUUGAUUUCAUGGAUGAGUCAAUCUUCAUGGUUGAUAAAUCAGAUACACAUGAGUGAUCAUUCUCAUUUUUCCAUGCGUGCUGGUUUUGCGAGCACCAGUAGACCAAACCCAAUGUGCUUUUUCACCACUAUGUUGAUUCAUCUUUCGCCCAUCUUUCGUCUUCACUCCUCAUCACAAUCCUCACCACAGAGGACUAUUCACCAUUGAAGCUGGUGAAGCAGAUGUUUUAUCUCUCGAGUUCCUGCACCGGAAACCCCUAUGUCACAUACAAGUAUCCAGUGACGAGGGAGUGCCUACGAUAUUCGAGAGGUACUGUAUUUAGUGCUUACUAUGUACGAGAUGUGUGAAGUCAAGAGGUGGAGCUGGACGUCGUAUUCGAUGAAAAAUACAAACUCGUGCUUCAUUAACCUCCCUUGCGGGAUCUGGAGCACGAGUAACAAAUGCAAGAGCAGUUUUACGCGAGAAUGCUCGCUUUGAAUACUUCUUACGGCACAUGGAUUAGGAGCCAUUAUAUUUUUCGUCUACGAAUCCAAGAAUCGUCCCUCCUACAGGUACUCGACUCGUCCUUCCUUUCUCCCAUCAGGUACGCAGAACUUCUCAACAGACGCAGGAUAUGUCAAUAUCACGGAAAAGGAUUAUGAGGGAAGCUUCGACUGCAGCGGACCAACACAAACGUACUUGUUAAACUUGUGCAACAACGCUAAAAAUCGUUGCUCAGAAUUGGCUUUAUCUUUGAUGUCAUGUAUGUAACAAAACUAAUAGAUAUUGGAUAUUACCACACCCACGCGUCGCAUACUAUUAACUUAUCCAAUCACAAGAUAACAUCGACAGGCCUUCUGGUACUUACAAUUUCUCAGUUAGCGGAUGUCUUCUUGCCUCAGCAUCUACAGCUUUACUUGUUACGAUUCCAGGUACCAGAUGCAGAUGAAUAGGUGUUACGCUCUUUAUGGAAGCCGAGGCUUUCGCUGGGAGACGGAUGGAAACUAUCUUGCCAGUAACGCAGUAUCAGCGUCCGCAACCGGGUUUCUUUUUCUCCUGCUCUCUAUCCGAUGGCUAACCGAAUCCCCCGAACUCUAGGUCCUUUUGUAGCUUCCCUUUCUGGCUCCUGCUAGAUGAGUUAGUGGUAGCCGAACCAGCAUCAGAGCUGCUCGCUGAAGGGAAUCAAGACAUUGAAUGUGUUUGCUUUCGAUAUGAGCGACACGUUGUUGGAGUUGGAGUUGAACAAUUAUAUUAAUUUGAUGCAGAAUGCUCAAAGCCCCAUUAUUUGAACAGUGAAUAUCAGCAGCUUUGUUCUUGAACGUUAACGUUCUUGUCGAUGUAUCUUUAGUAUCUUCAUAGAUGAGAACAAGAAGAGCCCCAACAGUAUCGAGAUCAACUCCAUACAAGAACUGUGUGAU